AAUGGAUCUGAUAAUUAAAUGGAGCGCAUAUUGGAUCUAUAGCAUUGGAGUAUUUUUAUUUAUAAAUUAUUUGAAUAUUUAUUUUUUACUCAGUUCUGUCAUUGAUUACUUGACAAAUAAUUUACAAGAUGGUCAAACUUACGACUACGUCAUAGUCGGAGCUGGUAGCGCAGGUAUCACAUUAGCAGCAAAAUUAAUUGACGCAGGACACAAAAUAAUAAUAAUUGAAGCUGGAGGAACAGCUCCAACUUUCGCGGACAUCCCAGUCCUCGCUCCGCUCUUCCAACUUUCAAAUUAUGACUGGCAGUACAAAACAGUUCCGCAGAAUCAUUCAUGCAAAGCGUUAAUUAAUAACCAAAGUCUAUGGCCAAUGGGAAAAAUAUUAGGCGGCUCCAGUAGAUUAAAUUACAUGGCCUAUGUUGAAGGACAUCAAGAUGAUUACUGGUGGUUUGAUGAUUACCAUAAUCAUAAGCUAAGUAAUGAAUCAACCGAGAGUCCAAGAUGGUGCUCAGAGUUAUGUGAAGCGAUUCUCCAAAGCGUUGAGGAAAUAAAUCAGUCGAAGAAAAUUGAUGAGUCAUUUGAUUUUAAUAAAGUUAAAUUAACAAUUACUGAUGGGGAGAGAUGGAGUACUGACAGAUUAUUAAAACCGCGAUAUGGAAAUAAUUUAAAAGUUGUAACUCAUGCUCUCAUUGAUAAAAUUAAAUUUAAAUCUAAUAAAGCAGAAUCUGUAGAAUUAACCAAGUGGGGAAAAAGAUUCGUCGUUUAUGGAAGUAAGGGAGUGAUAAUUAGCGCGGGAGCUAUUGGAACUCCGAAGUUACUGAUGCUCUCGGGUAUCGGUCCCAGGAAUCAACUGGAAAAAUUAAACAUUAAAGUAAUUAGUGAUCUGCCUGUGGGCAAAAAUUUAGUCGAUCAUAUUUUGACUGGAAUAGAUUUAGUGAUUGUUGAUAAAAGUUUAUCCAUCAGCGUGCCGCAGUUACUGAAACCAACUUCAGCUUUCAAUUAUUUGUUAUUUAGACAAGGCCCAUGGACAUCUGCAGGCAUCGAAGUCGUAGGAACGGUUGCUAGGAACAGUUCUCCAGACCUCCAGUUUAUGGUUAUUCCCGUAGGAGUUUCGCAAGACAAUGGAGUAGUUCUUCGAAAAGCGAUGGGAAUAAAAGAUCAAGUUUUUGAUGAGUACUUUGCUCCGCUGGCCUACAAGACUGCGGUGACAAUAGCUCCAGUUUUGUUGCAUCCUAAAAGUACUGGAGAAGUUAAAUUAAAAAGUUCAGAUCCUUUAGAUGAUGUUAUUAUCAAUCCUAAUUAUUUAGCAUCCAAAGAUGACGUGUCUAUUUUAAUUAAAGGUUUACGUUUAAUUGAAAAACUCAUCAGUACAAAAGCAAUGAAGGCUCUCGGAGCGUCAUUGUACAAAAAACCUUUCCCAGGAUGUGAAAACAUAAACUUCGGUACUGAUGAUUACUGGGAAUGUUAUAUACGACAAUUAACACUGACGUCCUAUCAUCCAGCGGGUACAUGUAAACUAGGGAGUGUAGUAAAUAAUUCAUUCAGGGUUCUGGGUACAAAAAAUCUUUAUGUCGUCGAUGCCUCAGUGUUACCGUCAUUACCUAGCGGCAACAUAAAUGCAGCAGUGAUGAUGAUUGCCUCGAAAGCUGCUGAUUUGAUAAUCAAGUCAGCCAAUAAACUAAACAAUUUUCAUACGAAGAAUAAUAUAAAAUCUUGUACAAAUAACUACAGUAAUAUUUUUAAUAAUUUAAAUGAUGAUGUAUGUCUUAAGUCCGCUUGA